CCAAGUGUGUCCCAUUUAUGACAACUAUGAUCUUUCAACGAUUUUGCUGUUCUGUACAAAAAGAAAAAAAAAAAAAAAAAAAUCCCAUUUGAUUGAAAUUAAAUAUGAGCUCCAAAUCUUAGACUCUCUCUCUCUCCUUUCGAUCUUUUUGGCUCUGCUUUGAAGCUUACUGUUAAGCUGCCACGAAGUCAAUGCACCGACUGCUCUGUUUCCCUUUCGUUUAGUACUCUGUAACUUUCACAUGGGACUGCCAAUUCUCUGCAAAUUUUGUGUCUUUUCUCUCUGAUACCUGUCUUGGCCCUCCUUCUUCGCCUCUUUCUCUUCUGGGUUUGGUAAGUUUUUUCUGUUUUCGACUCUUUUCUCAGUCAAUUUUGCUCCUUUGGUUAUGGUUUACAAGAGAUGGGAAAUAGUUUUGUAGAAUAGGGUUGAGUUGUUCAAGAAGCUUUAGAGGAAGAUCAAGGAAGGUAGCUGUGUAUUUGGAUGAGUUUUUUUAUAUGGACUGUCAAAAUCUGAUUGAGUUGUUCACGUUGUUUGUUUUGGGUCUUCUGAUGAAUUGUUUUGCUUUGUUUUCAUUGGAAACACAGCCGUCCGAGCAUUAGCUUGUGGAAGGGUUCUUCGUCUUAUAAGGGAAAUGAUCUGGGGCUGAGGGGAGUUUGAAAAUGCCUCUGGACGGUGCAAAAUCAGUGGUUUACAGAUCCUUUAUCACUUGUGAUGAUCCAAAAGGGGUGGUUGAUUGCAAUAUAAUCAAGAUAUCCAAAGUGAAUUCCCAGAAGCUGGAAGAAAAGAUUAAGACUCAUAGGACAAGUAGAAAUCAAAAAAGAGUUUUGAUAUCUCAGGGAGAGCAAGAGGAGGUGAUCUCUAAAGAAAUGAGAGAGAGAAUUCAUGGCCGAUCCUCUCUUCCAUUCAUGGAGAUCCUCUCUUCUAAGGGGGUGAGAUCUGAGAGUAAAUCCAAGGAGAUUUCUAAGGAUAUGUUGGAAGGAACUUCAAGUUUAAGAGAAUCGCUGAUUGUUCUGGCCAGGUUGCAAGAAGCUUCCAACAAGUUGGUUCGGUUAAAGAUGAAGUAUCAAAGAAGUUUUUCUUGUCAUCUUGAAGAUGAAAGCUCUCCACUUGAGGUUAAAAAAUCUAAGCUUUCUAGACAUGGUUCUUCCAGACAUGGCGUUGAUGAGGUUAAGAAGGUGAUCAGAGACAGCCUAGUGAAGCGAGAUGUGACUAAUGACGUUAAGAUUAGUGAAAAGUCUUGUUUUCGAGAUAUGAAUUCGGACUCGGGAUCGGAAAUUCCAUCGACUAGCUCCAGCCAAUCCUCAAUGGUUAAUGAUGGAGUCAAAUGUUGUCAUGUUUCAACACUUGCACAGAAGAAUUUGGAACGUAAUAACCUGAUUGCUAAGCUUAUGGGGCUUGAAGAAAUUUCAUCAAGAUCAGUGCAAACUACUCCAAAGAAAGAGUUCGAAUUUGAUAAGAUCUUUGGAUACAGAACAUCGCCAAGGUCCAAAUCUGUCGUCGACAAGGAGGAUCCUGAAAAGAGAACCUUGAGAGAAAUACUUGAAAAAGUGCCCUUCAACAGGCUUACAGACAGUAAUUCUAAUAAAGAUAAUAAGGGUUCAAAACAAAGGUCGAAAGACGUACCGCCUAUUGUGUUGAUAAAACCCAAGCCUCUUCCUCCUAAUGAAUUGGAGGAACACCAAACACAUGCCUCUCUAAAAGAGGAAGCUUUCAACCAAAAACCUAUGCUAAGAAGAUCGAAAAAGAAAGAACUUCGGCCAUUCAAUGAUUCUGCAGAUUUCCAUGAAGGAGUCUUGAUUUCAGAUAAAUUGCAAAGAAAGCAAGAGGCAGAAGGGAUUUCACUCAAACCGAUUACUCAAGAAGGAAUAAUGCCUAGGAAAUUAAGAAUAUGUGUUGUUGAUGCAAAGAAGAAGGCUGCAGAGAAGUUGGAAACAUCUAGUCCAAUGCAUGAUAUGCCUCAUGAGAAGGAGCCAAGUGACAAGAACAAUCUUACAUCAACCAGAAAACUGGUAGAAAAAGAAUUUGCAGAAGAAAAAGUAGUAUCAAAACCACAGCAUGAAGAAAAAGCAACCUCCACUAAUCCAAGGAAGAAUAAAACUCAUAAACAACGUGGCUCGAUUCCAGAUUCUAUGUCGGGACGAGCAGUGAGAGCAAUAUCUAAUGAUCGUAACUGUCAGAAAAAGGAGGAAGCAGUGCUUGCUUGUUCAGAAGUUAAUUCACUUACCCACAGAGUUGAAGCCAAGAAAGAUGAUGAGAGUUCUGAUACAAAUGAAAGUGCUGACAUUCCAACAAACCAAAUCAAAGUUACCCUUAUGGAUUUAAUUACUAUGGAGAGCGAAACUGAAGAAUGUGAUACCAAAAUUAUAGAAUGCUGCAAGGAAAGCCCAAUCUCUCUCUCGCCAUCGAGCCCCAAACUCGAGAUCGACACAAGAGUAACAGAAGUUAUCGACCCCUACAGUCAUACUGAAAAAGAGAUCGAAAGCUUUGGUCAAGGAACUAAUCUGAAAGCAUUGCUUUUGAGAAGUUCCUCAUUACUAUGUCAUGCAGGGGAGCUUUUUGAUCUCAAUCUAAAUGGUAGAACAAUGUUGCAAGCAGCAUCUCGCUGCAACGAUCCCGACAGCCCCAAUACAAAGCCAUUCAUAGAUUGUGCAAUCGAACUCAUUGAACAUAAAAGCCAAGUAGCCAAUUCUCUAUUACUAGGAUAUAGUAGCAAUACAAAGACACAAAUUUCCAUAGAAAAACUGGUCGAGGAAGUGUGCAACAACAUCGACACGCUAACGAGUUACCACGAGAAUCUUCAUGUAGAUACUCUAGCAACAGUGUUAGAGAGAGAUCUAUACUGCAAAAAGCUGAUGAAUGGAACAUGGGGUUUUGGUUGGAAGAAUGGAUUUUCCAGAAGUGAAAGUGAAGAGAUUGUAAAUGACACAGAGAAGCUGAUAUUGAAUGAACUUAUUGACGAGUUCUUCAAAUGA